AGAUCCAUCUAUUUUCGUGAAAGAGCAAAUAGUUUUGGCUUAUGGGAGAAUGGAGAACAGGAAGAGAUAACAGAUGACUUGGAAUUACUCGGUUAUGGCAUCUACCCUUCGGCUGUCUAUUUUAAUCAUUCAUGUGAUCCAAAUGUGCUUAAAAAACGGGAUGGUAGAGCGUUCAAGUUCAUAUCUAAACGCUAUAUUCGAAAAGGUGAAGAAGCCUGUAUAUCCUAUGGGCAGAUAGAUGACACUGUUGAAAAUCGCCGAUCAAGGCUAUGGGAACAUUAUCACUUUAUUUGUCAAUGCAGUCGAUGUUUA